CAUUUUAUUGCUCAAGUUUUGGAUUUAUUGACGUUUUUUAACAUUGCUAAAAGCAACAAAAGCGGAGAGUCCCCAAUUACUUCAUUACUCUUAAAAGAAGAGUCUUUCUGAGGUAAACUACAUGUACAAUAACGGACCUCCCCAGCCGCUCCCUCAUUUGAGGGAUGAAGAGUAUGAUCAGUAUCCUUUAAGUGAGACAAAUUUUGUGGAACAACGACCUGUCAUACAAUCUCCCUUUGUUGAUCCCUAUCCAGCUGUAGAAGAACAUCAACCACCAAUGCCUACCUACGAUAGCUCACAACCUCUUUUGCAAAAUCCUACAAUUAUGACUCCACCUAUGCCGCAACCUUAUGGAAAUGGCAGUCCGUAUUCUGAAUCGACGACUUUGCCUAUACCUGGAGGUUAUGAAAGUCCAAUGGGUGGCCGGGCCUCUCCUGGUUUCUAUACUGGUGCGCCAAGACGACAGCCUCGGCGCUAUAAGACAACCAAAAGGGUUAAGUUGACAAAAGGUAACCUCGUCCUCGACUGUCCUGUGCCAUCUCGUUAUCUUCAAGCUGUACCGAUCAAAGAUACCAAAGAAUUCACUCAUAUGCGCUAUACAGCUGCUACUUGUGAUCCGAAAGAUUUUGUCAGAGAAGGCUAUACACUCCGUCAGCAAUUAUUGGGAAGAGAAACAGAGCUAUUCAUCGUCUUAACCAUGUACAACGAAGAUGAAGUAUUAUUCGCUAGAACAAUGCAUGGUGUUAUGAAGAACAUAGCCCAUUUAUGUACGCGUGAUAGAUCACGUACUUGGGGACCGGAGGGAUGGAAGAAAGUGACGGUCUGUAUUGUAUCUGAUGGUCGUAAUAAAAUUAAUGAGAGAACACUGUCAUUAUUAGCAACAUUGGGUGUAUAUCAAGAUGGUAUCGCUAAGAAUGUAGUAGGAGAUAAGCCUGUGACAGCACAUAUAUAUGAGUACACAACUCAGUUAUCAGUGGAUCCAAAGAUGAAGUUCAAGAGCGCAGACAAGGGCAUUGUGCCGUGCCAAAUACUGUUUUGUUUGAAAGAAAAAAAUCAGAAGAAAAUCAAUUCACAUAGAUGGUUUUUCCAAGCGUUCGGCCCUCUCAUUAAACCGAAUGUCUGUGUCCUUAUUGAUGUUGGUACACGACCUGGUAAUACGUCCAUUUACCAUUUAUGGAAGGCAUUCGAUUUACACUCAAACAUUGCUGGGGCUUGUGGUGAGAUUAGAACUAUGCCUGGCAAGUUCGGCUCCGCACUCAUUAAUCCACUUGUGGCAGCACAAAACUUCGAAUAUAAGAUGUCUAAUAUUCUGGACAAACCGCUCGAGUCUGUCUUUGGCUAUAUCUCUGUCUUGCCUGGUGCCUUUUCAGCAUAUCGAUACGAAGCUCUUUUGAAUGAUGUGAAUGGACAUGGACCGUUAGAGAAGUAUUUUUUGGGUGAAACACAGCACGGUGGCGAUGCAGAUAUUUUUACAGCAAAUAUGUAUCUAGCCGAAGAUCGUAUUCUUUGUUACGAGUUAGUGUCAAAAAAGAAUGCUGCUUGGAAACUUCAUUACGUCAAUCGAGCUUAUGGAGAAACUGAUGUGCCAGAAAAAGUGGAUGAGUUUAUUUCACAAAGAAGACGAUGGCUCAACGGUUCCUUUUUCGCUGGCGUUUACGCUCUUUGGCAUUGGCGCAAAGUUUGGUCUUCUGACCACUCUAUUAUUCGAAAAAUAUUAUUUAUGUUUGAAGAUUUAUACAACACUUAUAAUCUUGUUUUUUCAUGGUUCGCUCUCGGCAACUUCUAUCUCACCUUUUUCAUAUUGACCAAAGCUUUGAUUCCCAGCGAUGAUCCGACCAGUAUUAAUAAUGCGCCAUUUUCCUAUAACGCCGCUAAUAUUUUGCAUACUGUCUUAAACUAUAUCUAUAUCCUUUUAAUUGUUAUCCAGUUCAUUAUGGCAAUGGGCAAUAGACCACAAGGUUCAAGGAUUGCUUACACUUUGUGUAUGGUUUUCUUUGCUCUACUUAUGAUCUAUAUGAUGUUCGCUGCGAUUUGGAUAACGGUGGUUGGUGUUACUACCAUUGUGGAAGAAUCAAACGGAGACUUCAUGGCUAUGCUGGGGCAAAGUGCUUUUAGGAAUAUUAUCAUAUCACUUUGUGCGACUUACGUUAUGUAUUUCGUCUCCAGUUUCUUGUUCCUUGAUCCUUGGCAUAUGUUCACUAGUUCCUUGCAGUAUAUACUCUUAUCGCCUAGCUACACAAAUGUCCUCAAUAUAUACGCUUUCUGUAAUACGCACGAUGUUUCUUGGGGAACUAAAGGCGACAACACAGUGGCUACGGAUCUUGGUGUCGUGAAACCCAAGAAGGAUUCCGAAACGGUUGAAGUGGAAUUGCCCACAGAACAAAAAGACUUGAAUGAAAUAUAUGAAGAGGCAUGCUUAGAGAUUAGCAAAGAGGCCAUACCCGAGAAGCAACACCGUGAUCCUAAGACGAAGCAAGAAGAUUAUUACCGUGCGUUCCGUACCAGAUUGGUGGUAUCAUGGAUUGUCUCUAAUUUGGUUUUGAUCGUUGCCAUUACAAACACUUCCAUAAUCACCACCGGCGACCGUUCAGCAGCUUAUUUGGGCUUCGUUCUUUGGUCUGUAGCUGGCUUAUCAGCGAUUAGAUUUGUAGGCUCAACGCUCUAUCUUGUCAUCAAGAUCUUUACGGGGUAAUUCGCGUCUGUCAAACGGAUUGUUAGAAACUUCGUACUCUUUUGUAUAUAUACUUAGCUAGACUUUUCUUAAGCAUACAUUAUUUAUAACAAUCUGCAAUGUAUAUAUGUACGCUGAGGAAACAUUUAAUCAUAAUAUAAACCAUCAUUUAAUGCAUUUUGACGCCGUG